AUCAAACAAAGCACUGAUAUUUUACAUUGAUUACAUUUAUGUAUAUGCACAUACUAUAUAUAGGGUCCAAGCAACCAUUAUAAAGGAUCAUUCUUAGUCUUACAACAGAGUAUAACAAAACACAGACACUGAUCAAUGGAUGUCUUAUAUUCUUCUAAUUGGCUUCAUCAAGAGAGCAUUGAUGAGAUGAGGCAGAAUCUACAGAGCACUCUGUUCGAACUAGAGACACUGAAAAUGGAAGCUAAUGAGAAAUCAAGAACACACAGAGAAGAAGUGAACCAACUUCUCAAUCUCCUCAAAUUCACUCAGCAAGAAAGAGACGAAGCUAGACAACAGUUAUCUCAAUUCAUCUUCCAUACCCAACAAAACCCUAAUUCAAGAAGCCUCACUAAAUCAAACAGCUUCUCUCACUCUCAAGAUGUAUCUUCUUCUUCUUCCUCAGAACUCUCCACCUUCCUCAACAUCCAUCCUCAGCCGUUGACGAAUCUUGAAGAUCCAACGGCUCAUAAUCAUCAUCAGCAGAUUGAUCCUCUAGACGUUCUUGUGAUGGGGAAAGCUUUUCCAGAAACGGGAAAGCUUUUGAAAGCGGUGGUUGAAGCUGGACCGCUUCUUGAAACGCUUCUUUUGGCUGGACCGCUACCAAAAUGGAUAAACCCGCCGCCUCAAACGCAAUCGCAGCGUUUUGAGUUACCUUCUAUCUCGUUUAGAGGGUCCGAUGUUGAUAGUAAAUGUGAUUCUAUGACGUGUUCUGGUUCGGUUAAUAGUUUUGGGUUCGGUUCGAGUUUGGUUAUCGAUCAAUCGAUGUUAACCGGAAAGAGGCAGAGAUUAGAGUAGCGAAUCGAUCAUUUUACAAGAUUCUAGAUUCCUACUACUACGAGCAGUUUUAUAAGUUGUUGGGUGAUUAUUUUUGUCCCUUCUAUAUAAAACUAUAAUUCGAUUUUAUGUCAAAUCUUCCAGAAAAAAAGUAAUUGUG